AUGGAUCCCUCACAAGAAAAGCUCCAAAAUGAUCAUGAUCUGACCAUAGCACACAUCAUAAAAGAGACAACAAGAAUACCUACAAAAUCACCUAAAACAUUCUUCCUCGUAACCCUAACCCUAAUUCUCCCCCUUUCCCUAGCCAUGAUAGCCAAUUCCAUUUUCACAUUUCCCGUAUUUCUCCUAACUCAUAUAACCCACCCCAUAAGAUUCUUCUUCUUAUACGACAUCUAUCAUAUAAUCCUCAUCGCACUCUCAAUCCUCUCCACAUCUGCUGUUGUUUUCAUCUCAGCUUCCAUUUACACUUCCAAGCCCGUUUCUUUCUCAUCCACAAUGUCCGCUAUUCCAAACUUGUUCGCACGCCUCUUUAAGACCUUCCUCUACAUUUCUCUCGUAUUCUCUCUUCACAACCUGCUAUUGAUCCUUUUUGUUCAUCUUGCCAUAAUCGCCGAAGAAACCUAUAGCAGUUUACUCACUACCUUUGUCAUACUCGCUGUAGCAGUUGUACUUAUGCAGGUUCAAAUUUACAUUACUGCAUUGAGUUCUAUGGCUAGUGCGGUUUCUGUUCUUGAACCUGUUAAUGGAUUCUGUGCAUUUAAGAAAAGUUACCAGCUUUUGAAGGGAAAAACAGCGAUGAUUUUCUAUUUGAUGCAUUCUUAUGUCUUUUUUUCUUUUUGUGUGAAUCUCUUUUCGGGAACUGCGGUGAUUGGUCGGGGAGUUGAAUGCAGUUUGGUGUUUAGGAUUGUUUUUGGUGGAUUUUUGGUUGGUUUACUUGUGGUUUUGAAUUUGUAUGGUUUAGUGAUGAUAAGUGUGUUUUAUUAUGUUUGCAAGAGUUAUCAUUGCGAAACAAUUGAUAAGACUGCACUUUUUGAUCAUCUUGGGGAAUAUGUGCCUUUGACAAGUACAAGUACUACUAGUAGUAGUACCAUUCAAAUGGAGGUUGUAUAG